AUGUCUCCUACUGCGCAUAACAGCGAGGAGUUGGAAUCAGAAAAUUAUUAUGAAGACGAUAUCGAUUACGUACAAACAGCUUUGGAACAAGAACAGAUCAAUAAUUAUCCAUAUUUUUCAAAAUAUGACGAAUUCGAUGAAAUAGUGACGGCGGCAGCUGAAGAGACGGACACAGAAGAAAUAUUGGAAUCUAAACAACAAUUGACAGUUGUAUUCUUAGACGAUUACUACGAAAAAAAUAAUCUGAUUACAAAGGAACACUACGAUAAAAUAGCUGAACUUGGAGACAUAUAUGUGAAAUUUGAUGAAAUUGAAGUAUGUAAACAAUAUCUUAUAUCUCACGGUUCACCAGAAAAUGUUUUUUUGAUUGUGGCUGGGUCAUUCAUUGAGAACUAUUUCAAAUAUUUUCAUAAUAUUUCACCAUUAAUUCAUGUUUAUAUAUUUUCUUUAUGUAGUAAUAUCGAACAACAACAACACACAGUUGACUCACCACUAUUCAAAGAUUUCCAUCAAAAGACUGAAUCGAUGAUGAAUGAAAUAGCCCGAGAUAUAAGUAUACAUUGUAAUGAUUUAGUUCAAUUGAUUAUUUUUCGUCCGAAUGAUAAAGAAACAAGCACACGUGAUAUGAAUAAUCGAACACAAAGUAAAUAUAAAUGUCUAGAAUUGAUACUACGUGUCUUGGCACGUAUACCGUACAGUGAUGUACAGAAAGAAAAUUUAGUUCGAAGCUGCAUCGAACGAUAUAACAACAAUGCUAUUCAAUGUCAUAAUUUGAAGUUGUUUGGACAACAGUAUUCUAGUGCUACGGACAGUCUCAAAUGGUAUACACGUGAAUCGCCAUUAUAUAAACUGCUGAAUGAAGGACUUCGAAAAGAUAAUAUUGAUGAAAUAUUAGGAUUCGGGUUUUUUAUUGCACAUCUUGAACAACAACUGAGUGAUUUACAUCAGACUUAUAUAUCUAGUUUAUCUAGCAAUAGAACGGCAGUCUUGAUUGCCUAUCGUGGACAACAUUUAAAUGGUUUAGAACUAAAUCGUUUGAAACAAAGUAUAAAUGGACAAAUUUCAUUUCAGUCAUUUAUUUCAACAAGCUUAAAUAGAAAUGCAGCAUUAAUCUAUGCUGGGGAUGGUAGUCGGCGGAAAGCACCAGAAUUUAUGGAGUCUGUACUAUUUGAAAUUGAAAUUGAUUUGAUGAAUGAAAGCAAUCAACAUCGUAUGUUUGCAAAACCAUUUGCCAGAAUAGAUCAUAUGAGUCCCUUUGGUGACGAAGAAGAAAUUUUAUUCACUAUCGGUACAGUAUUUGAGAUCAAAUCUAUUGAGCAGGAUACUGAUAAUUUUAUUUGGGACGUUAAGUUGAAAAUAGUCGAUAAUGAUGAUGAACAACCAAUGUUCAUUGAAAAAGUCGAAUAUUAUCUUAACAGAAUCUCCUUGUCAAUGACACCAGAAAAUAGAAACAAAUCAUUAUCAAUGGCUUUCUAA